GUGGAUAAAGUAUCAAACUCAUUCAAUGCCUCUCCAAGUCCUAAAACAAAACAAAUUCAACCCAAUCUCUCCACCACUCAAAAUUUAAAAAUCCAAACUACCACCAAACACAUGAAGAAGAAGAAACUAUGAAAUCAAAUCCAUUGUCCUAAGUCCUAACAAUUUUGUACCACCAUGUUAUAACAGAAUAAACUAAACAUUCUUGCCUGCAAUUAUAACCAAACAAUAAAUUUCAACAAUGAAAGCCCAAAACUUUGGGGCCAUGAAGCUGCUUCCAUCUCCUUCUCCGCCUUCUAUUACAAGACCCACUUCCAAAUUCUUCUUCUUCACAUCAAAUACUUCAAAGGGUAUAAAACCCAUCUCCAGUUCACUUCAAUUCGGAUCAAAGAACUUAAGUUUUAGUGAAAAAAUGGAUGUCAAGGCAUGUGUGAAGGUAGACCAGCAGCAAGGUGUUCCAGCAGUUGAGGAAAUUAAGUGGGGGAAGGUCUCAGCUGUGCUGUUUGACAUGGAUGGAGUGUUGUGCAACAGUGAAGAGCCUUCUAGAUUGGCUGCUGUUGAUGUUUUUGCUGAAAUGGGGGUUGAAGUUACUGUGGAGGAUUUUGUUCCUUUCAUGGGAACAGGAGAAGCAAACUUCUUAGGAGGUGUUGCUAAUGUUAAGGGAGUUCAGGGAUUUAGUACUGAUGCAGCUAAAAAGAGGUUCUUUGAGAUAUAUUUAGAAAAGUAUGCGAAACCGAAUUCUGGAAUAGGAUUUCCAGGUGCCCUUGAACUUAUUACUCAGUGCAAAGAGAAAGGUCUCAAAGUUGCUGUUGCGUCUAGUGCUGAUCGGAUCAAAGUUGAUGCAAAUUUAGCUGCUGCUGGUUUGCCGUUGUCAAUGUUUGAUGCUAUUGUGUCAGCAGAUGCUUUUGAGAAUUUGAAACCAGCUCCUGACAUUUUCUUGGCUGCAUCAAAGAUCUUGGAGGUGCCCCCUAGUGAGUGUAUUGUUAUUGAAGAUGCACUGGCUGGAGUACAGGCUGCACAAGCUGCACAGAUGAGAUGCAUAGCUGUGAAAACUACAUUGUCAGAGGAGACGCUAAAGAAUGCAAGCCCAUCCUUUAUCAGAAAAGAUAUAGGAAAUAUUUCAAUUGAUGAUAUUGUUAGCGGUGGAUCUGAUGGCUAUAAUGAGAAGCAGAGACCUCAGGUUCUGUAUUCUUCCGAACAGACUUCAGCAGCAAUGCUCGAAGCAACAACAGAUAAUGUGUCAAUUCCUAACAGCUUUGCUACCAAUGACAAAGAACUCUCAGUUGGGGGGUUGCAGGCUUCUCGGCGCAAUAUAGUGAAAUAUGGAAGCUUGGGGGUUGCUCUUUCAUGUCUGGCCUUCACCAUUUCAAACUGGAAGACAAUGCAAUAUGCAUCUCCUCAAGCCGUAUGGAAUUUAUUUUUUGGCGUCGAUACACCAAACUUCCAGAGAAAUGGAGAUAUAGGCAAGUCGCAGUCAAGAGUCCAACAGUUCGUAGAUUAUAUAUCUGAUUUAGAGACAAGAGGAACUGCUCGCACUGUGCCAGAAUUCCCAGCUAAACUUGACUGGCUGAAUGCAGCUCCACUUCAAUUUGGAAGGGAACUGAAAGGCAAAGUGGUCCUGCUUGACUUCUGGACAUACUGUUGUAUAAAUUGUAUGCAUGUGUUGCCAGAUCUGGAUUUUGUGGAGAAAAAAUACAAAGAUGCACCGUUCACUGUUGUGGGGGUACAUUCAGCUAAGUUUGACAAUGAGAAAGAUUUAGAAGCAAUCCGCAAUGCAGUCUUACGCUACAACAUCUCUCACCCAGUCGUCAAUGAUGGAGAUAUGUAUUUGUGGCAUGAACUAGGUGUAAAUUCAUGGCCUACAUUUGUCCUUGUUGGACCCAACGGUAAGCUUAUCGCUCAAUUAUCAGGAGAAGGCCGUCGAAAGGAUAUUGAUGAUUUGGUGGAGGCAGCUCUUCUGUACUAUAGUAGGAAGAAUAUCCUAGAUAGCACACCAAUUCCCUUGAGUUUGGAGAAAGAUAAUGAUCCUCGUUUAAUUACCUCUCCUCUCAAGUUUCCUGGAAAGUUGGCAAUUGAUAUGCUUAACAAUCGGCUGUUCAUUUCUGAUAGUAACCAUAACCGCAUAGUGGUCACUGAUCUGAAUGGAAACUUUAUUGUCCAAAUUGGGAGCACCGGAGAGGAAGGUCUUCGUGAUGGUUCCUUUGAUGAAGCCACUUUUAAUCGUCCUCAGGGUCUGGCUUACAAUGCAAAGAAAAAUCUCCUGUAUGUUGCAGAUACUGAAAACCAUGCUUUGAGGGAGAUUGAUUUUGUCAAUGAGGUGGUGCGGACUCUUGCUGGAAAUGGAACUAAAGGCUCUGACUAUGUAGGGGGGAAAGCAGGAACCAACCAGGUACUCAACUCUCCAUGGGAUGUCUGCUUUGAACCAGUAAAUGAGAAAGUUUAUAUUGCAAUUGCCGGCCAGCAUCAAAUAUGGGAGCACAAUACUGUGGAUGGAAUUACUAAAGCUUUUAGUGGUGAUGGCUAUGAAAGAAACUUGAAUGGAUCAAGCUCCACAAGCACAUCAUUUGCACAACCAUCUGGAAUUUCUCUCUCUACUGAUUUGAAGGAGGUAUAUGUUGCCGAUAGUGAAAGUAGCUCCAUUCGUGCGGUUGAUCUGAAAACAGGAGGAUCAAGGCUGCUAGCUGGUGGCGAUCCAAUUUUCUCGGACAACUUGUUUAAGUUUGGGGACCAAGAUGGAACAGGAUCUGAAGUACUUCUUCAACAUCCCUUGGGUGUAUUAUGUGCAAAGGACGGUCAAAUAUAUAUAGCAGAUAGCUAUAAUCACAAGAUCAAGAAGCUAGAUCCAACUACUAAAAGAGUUAGUACAAUAGCAGGGACAGGAAAAGCUGGUUUCAAGGAUGGAAAAGCUCUGGCUGCUCAGCUUUCAGAGCCAUCUGGAAUUAUUGAGGCUGGAAAUGGAAGACUUAUCAUAGCUGAUACAAACAACAACAUCAUAAGAUAUUUAGACUUGAACAAGAAGGAAGCUGAACUUCUUACUUUGGAGCUAAAAGGAGUGCAGCCUCCUGCACCAAAAUCCAGAUCCUUAAAACGCCUUAGGAGACGAUCAUCAGCUGAUGUGCAGACCAUUAAAAUCAAUGGUGGUUCAUUAAGUGAGGGAGACCUUCGUCUCAAAAUAUCAUUACUUGAAGAGUACCAUUUCUCAAAGGAAGCUCGCAGCAAAUUUACUGUUGAAACUGAGCCUGAAAUGUCAGUUUUGAUUGAUCCCUUGGAUGGAUAUUUGAGUCCAGAAGGAACUGCUAUUCUUCAUUUCAGGAGACCCUCUGCUUCAGCUUCAACAGCGAGAAUAAAUUGCAAGGUAUACUAUUGUAAAGAAGAUGAGGUGUGUUUAUACGAAUCACUUCUAUUUGAAGUAGCCUUCCAAGAAGAAGCUUCUGACACUACCUCAUCAGAAAUUACACUUGCCUAUACUGUGAAGCCUAAAGCUUCAACAAACAGCUUACAGCUACCAAUUAGUCGCUGAGCAAUUCGAUGUAAUUACACUGUAAGAUUCCUUGCAUUACAUUUCCUCUUUUUACUUUGAAAACACAAAAUUUGAACUUGUUACCUUAAUUCUUAUAAUCUUAACUAUGAUUGUCUUCA